CCUGACAACUAGACUUGGUCAGUGAUAUUUCUCUAUAAGACUAUGAGUCUAUGAUCUUCACUGCAGAAGCUGAUUUUUAGAAAUGGCUAAGCCAGGAGAAAACUUGAGAGACAAAUCGAGAUGGAGCCUUGGAGGCAUGACCGCUCUUGUGACCGGUAGCUCGAAAGGACUCGGAGAAGCUGUGGUCGAGGAACUAGCUAUGUUGGGUGCAAGAGUUCACACAUGUGCCAGAGACGAAACUCUGCUUCAAGAAUGCUUACUUGAAUGGCAAGUAAAAGGGUUUCAGGUCACCACUUCCGUAUGCGACGUUUCUUCUCGUGACCAACGACAUAAACUCAUGGAAAAUGUUUCUUCUCUCUUCCAAGGAAAACUCAACAUCCUCGUAAGUUGAUGUAUCAUAGCAGGAUCCAUAUGGAUCUGAAAAAAAUAUCAAGUGAUUAUGUUGUGCGAUCAUUCAUUGUGUUUGGUUUGGGUCUAUAUGUAGGUAAACAAUGCGGGAACGGGUAUAUGAUACUAGGAUUUUUGUAUGUCCUAGCAGGUUCAAUUAACCUUAUGCAGUUGUAAUACUUAAGGUGUCAAUCCAGU